AUGUUGAAGUCUAUCUCUCCCAAACCAAUCUGUGGAAUAAUCCCCGCAGAUUGGACUUUUCCGUCGGCUGCUCCGACCGGCAAGCGGCCUUACACAGAAGAAUCACAAACCAGAAAAGAGGGAAACCACUUACCCCUGGGCGGUGGAUCCAUACUGGCCAACCGAAGAGCCGCCUCUAAAUUCAGGUUCUUGACCAACUUCGAUGGUGUAUUGCGAUCCGCUGGUGCCCAUGUAGGAUUCGAGGCCCCGAAGCCCUUGCAUACGAACACUUUGUAG